AUGAGGAUGCUGAUUUCAAGCAUUCAAACCACAUUCAUAAAAGGUAGAAAAUUGCUUAAUAGAGUAUUAGUUUUGAAUGAAAUUGUUGAUCUUGCAAAAAGAAGCAAGAGAAUUUAUGUCCUAUUGAAGGUUGAUUUUGAAAAAGCCUAUGAUUGCAUGGAUUGGACUUUCCUAAAGAAAACAAUAGUGGAAAUGGGAUUUGGCGCUCAAUGGAUAAAGUGGAUGGAGGAAACAAUUAUGAAUAGCUACUUAUCGGUUCUAAUCAACGGUAGCCCUACUCAGGAUUUCAAAGUCUCAGAGGGACUUCGACAAGGAGAUCCAUUAUCUUCUUUCUUAUUCUCUAUGGUAGGUGAAGUUUUGAAAUUAUUGGUGAAGAGGGUUGUUGAUGCAGAGCUGCUCAAAGAUUUCAAGAUUAAUAAUAGAGUAUCGUAUAACAUUUUGCAAUAUGCGGUAAACACCAUUAUUAUUUGUGAUGGUGCAAGGCACAAUCUUUGGGCAUUGAAAUUGAUCUUGAAAGGCUACGGAAUAAUCUCUGGCCUUAAAAUAAAUAUUGGGAAAACAUCUUUAUUUGGCAUUGGAGUGGAAGAUGGUUACUUAAAUGCGACAUAA